UAAAAUCGGAGUGUAAUGCUGUAUGGGGGGAAAAUAAAAAGCAGGGUAUAACGCUACAUGGGGAGGGGGAAUAAAAAUCAGAGCGUAACGCUAUAUUACCUUCUACAAAAAUAAUUAUCCUCUAUAAAAUAAAUACUUGCUUCUCCAGAAGUCUGCUUGGGGAGCAAACCGCUGGUAUUUACAUUAAAAGCGUAUGCCCAGAGGCAUCGGCGUCACCCUGUGAAACCCACCGACAGCUUUCGGGGCUUGCGUGGAAAAUAAGACGUUUUACGCGCUUAGGGAGCAGGUACGAGCAGUUUGGUAGGAGGCACCGAAGAGAAGUUGACUUGCAUCGGGGUUUAUGUCGAGCUUGUAAAAUCCUGCUAGCUUUUGGCAGUCCCCCUGAAUAAACUCCAGCAGCUGACAAAGUUGAGCUCAGAGGAUUCGCAGCAGCCCGGGAGAGCCCUGUGAGGGAGGGAGAAAGUUUGGGAGUGCCUAAAUCAUACUGAAAAACAGUGUAUUCUCACAUACUACUGAAAUUAUUGCCCCACUGGCUGUUUUUGGAGCUCCAGAGAAGGAUCUGCUCUAAUCGCAGAGAAAGGCAAGGUCACCUGGUGUCUGCAAGUGAUGGUCAUAGAAGGCGUGCAUGGGGCUGGACCCGAACGAGGGACUUCAGUGACUUUCUUCAGGGAGUAUCCAAAUGCAUGAAACAGCACUGAGAAGGUGGGACUGCCUUGGAUGCUGGAGCAGUUGUGCUGUCCGUUGCUUCUAGGUAUCUUCUGGAAGAGCAGAUCUCUUGUUCCUGGCUGGGAGAAGAGUGAAACUUUGUCAGCUCUUCUCAAGUGAAUAAUGUUUGUUCUUUGGAUGCGGGAACCAUGCUUCUGGUACCUUAUGCAGAGGAUUUGGGUGCAAGAUCAGCCUUUUUUUGGCACAUUAGCAGCUUGCUAAUUCUGGUCAUCUCUUAAAAGUGUGGGUGAAGGCUUUGAUCCUGCUGUGAAGUGCCUCUCUCUUCCCAGGCGCAAUGUCCCCAUCGUGGGUUUCUGUGUGCCAGAGCUUCAGGACCAGGUUGCUGCAAGCUCAGAGCUGCAGCGGGGGAUCUGUGGACACUGCUGGGUGCUGGAUGUGACCUCAGGAUUGAAGUGGAUCUAGGGACGAACGGAUGACUGAAUAUUCAUAUGAAGAGGAAAGCCAUAAAAGACAUCAGCGCCUUUGAGAACAGAAUGUUAAUGCUUGAUGGGAUGCCGGCAGUCAGAGUCAAAACAGAGCUGCUGGAAUCCGAGCAAGGGUCUCCAAACGUCCACAACUACCCAGAUAUGGAGGCUGUACCCUUGUUACUAAACAACAUGAAGGCAGACCCCGUGGAGGAUUCAUUAUCUACAGACCAUUUCCAAACACAGACUGAACCAGUGGACUUGUCAAUAAACAAAGCCAGGUCAUCCCCUACAGCAGCUUCAUCUUCACCAGUUUCCAUGACAGCAUCAGCCUCCUCCCCUUCUUCUACUUCUACUUCUUCUUCUUCUAGUCGACCAGCUUCAUCACCCACAGUAAUAACAUCAGUAUCCUCAGCAGCGUCUGUACCGUCAGUAUUAACUCCAGGUCCUCUUGUGGCCUCUGCGUCUGGUGUUGGAGGCCAGCAGUUUUUGCACAUUAUCCAUCCAGUACCACCUUCAAGCCCCAUGAACUUGCAGUCCAACAAAAUGAGUCACGUGCACCGUAUCCCUGUGGUGGUACAGUCGGUACCUGUUGUCUAUACAGCGGUGAGAUCACCUGGGAAUAUGAACAACACUAUAGUAGUACCACUGUUGGAGGAUGGGAGAAGCCACGUCAAAGCACAAAUGGACCCCCGAGGCCUAUCUCCCAGACAAAUUAAAAGUGACAGUGAUGAUGACGACCUGCCAAAUGUGACCUUAGAUAGCGUUAAUGAAACUGGAUCUACAGCGCUCUCCAUAGCCAGAGCAGUACAAGAAGAGAGCAUGUGGGGCUGUGCCAGGUCAGCUGUUAACCCUUUUCGUUUUUUCAACUCCAGUUCAAUUUCACCGUUCAGUAUUGAGAGCACAAGGCGUCAGAGAAGGUCUGAGUCUCCAGACUCCAGGAAGCGGCGCAUCCAUCGGUGUGACUUUGAGGGAUGCAACAAAGUGUACACAAAAAGUUCCCACCUGAAGGCUCACCGGAGGACACACACAGGAGAAAAACCCUACAAAUGUACCUGGGAAGGCUGCACCUGGAAGUUUGCUCGCUCCGACGAACUGACGAGGCAUUACCGCAAGCACACGGGAGUGAAGCCAUUCAAGUGUGCAGACUGUGACCGCAGCUUUUCCCGCUCAGAUCACUUGGCGCUCCACCGCCGCAGGCACAUGCUGGUUUGAGAAACGCUACCCGUUCCAGCCGAGUUUAAGAGCUGGGUCUCUUAACUACCGUGAGUGAAUUCAGCAGGGCUGAAUCCCCUUCUACAGUGUUAACAGACAGGGCUUUCCCUGAUGUCCGUAACAAAAAAAUAAUAACAGAAAUUAAAAAAAAAAAAAAAAAAGCAGGAAAAGAAGUGCCACUCUUCUCCUCGCCAUCUGAAGUUAACCCUGUCUGCCCCUCAGCAUGGCUACCCCCUGAAAGUGUCAUCACAAUCACCUGGAAAAUAGCAGCUGAAAUGCUACAGGAAUGGGCAUUAUUUUACAUGCUGCGUCCUUUGACAACAAAUGUUUAUAGCUUGUAUGUUUUCUCAGCUGUCGGACAUUUUGUUCCUGAAAAAUCACUGCUGAUUGGAGGAUUAGAUACCACGAACCGAUGAUGAUGAUGAUGAGAGCAAGACCGCUUUAUUAUCCCAUCUUUUCCCCAUGUUUUGAAUACCAACUGGCCGGUGUCAGCAUUACGCCCGAGCUGUGCUACAGACGAGCUGCGUGUGAGUAAGAAAAGAAGAUUCUGCUGGAGAGGUCCUGCUGUCGGAGCUGAAGGGUCGCUUGAGCAGACUUUUGCAAUAACGAUGGUGGCAUUUUAAUAUUGUACCACAAUUUGUCAUUAUGCCCUAGAGGACACCAGCCAUUUAACCUUUUUCUUUUAUCUUUUUUUUUUCCUUUAUUUUCUUUUGUUGUUGUUGUUGUUGAAGUCUGUAAAAUAAACAAGGGGCAGCGGCAUUUCUGCUGAAAGUACAAUAUUAAGUAUCUGUAUUUCACCAUGGACUUAUUUAGAACCGUUUUGGGAUUUGUAUAGAAAGAGCCCAUCUAAAAACUACUACCCCAUUCUCAAAGUGCAGUUUUCUUUCAUGCACGCAUCCUCUUCCCCACAACCAGUAUUUGAACACAAGGAAAUAGUCAGACCUUAUACUCACUGGUACCAAGGUUAGUGCUGUAGCGAUUCAUGAAAUGGAACUGAAUGUACCAACAAAACAAAACAGAGAAGAAACGGCUGCAUCUCUUGCAGAGAAAAAGCAAUAAUGAGUAAAAUGGCUCUUGAGACAAUAAUUUACUCCACACCAACAGAAGGGGGGGAUAUGCAGAAAUUCUGAUGUACCCGCUAGGUGCCACAAUUCAGUACUUUCAUUUCCGUCAACGUAACACUUGGGUCUGGAAGGCAAGAAAGAUAAAGGAAAGAGCUGAUUGUUGAGGAGUCAGGGGAUGAACCGUACGUAGGAAGGAGAAAUGGUUCUGCAGUGGUGCUCUGCAAGACAUUAGGUUUCUCCCCGGGAGUUAGGGAAUAACAAGAUUUUGCCAGCUGUCUAGUAUGAUAUAAAUGGCCCUUUAUAUGGGUACCAGUGGCUGCUCUGCUGGGAUUUUCAAUCCAAGCCUUUUCAGAUUAAAUAAAAGGAAAUUCCUGAUCAUUCCCAUACAGCCCUAUAAUUGUGAACCAAUUUGUAUUAAUUGAAUCAUGAAGGAAAGAGAGAAACUCUUAGUCAUCAGUUGUUCAUGCAAAGGGAGUAGUGUUUUUCUGUUUUCUUUCCUCACAAGGAUCUGCCUAUUCAGCUAAAUUUGACAAAGAGCAGGCUUGGCAAGAUUUUGUAACUGUUGAGAUUUUUAUGGCUUAGAGAUGAAAGAUGUAUACAUAAAGGUCUUCUGCAAUGCAUUUAAUUAUGAAUAUUUGGUUCCAGGAAUUGCACAGAUUAAACUUGUGGUGCCACUUGUUCAUUUUUAAAUGUUUGACCAGUCUGAAUUAAUUUCUGAUUCCUGAAGUGACAGUAGUAACGUUAGGGGGAUUCUGAAAUCGAGGUAAUCUUCAAGAAAAGAACACCACAGGGUACCCGUACAAAUACUGGAAGCAAUUGCAGUUAACUGAGGAUUAAUAUGACUGGGAUAAUACUGUAUAACAGCACUCACAGGCCCCAGAAUUUGAUUGUCUUUAAAUAAAUUCUUAAUAUUCCAUGGUACUGGAUAGUUUAUCAGCUGUCUGAAAGAAGAACUUCAAUAUUGUUGAAGCUCAGGCUCCCCUCUGCCGAGUGGUCAGCAGAGAAACCCCUGACAAGUUAUUGGCAGCCAUUGUGGGAAAAAACGCCUCUGUCAAUUCCCAUUGACUGUGCUGGUAAUCAACUUGCGCAAAAUUAGUCAACAUUUUAGUAUCUGUCUCCAAAUCAGGAAUGAAGCAGAGGCACUAAGUGUCCGUGCAAAGCGUGUGAAAAGGCUGCGAUGGAUCAGGGCUCCUGGAUAGGCCACGAGGCAUUGUGGGGCAGCAGAACUGGCUCUUUACCAGCAGUAACACUGCUGUUGGUUUAAAAAAGCUGGUUGUCAGUGUUGUACGUGAGAUGGUUCAUGGAUUACGUCUGAGGUCUGUCUUUUAUAUACUUCAAUAUUGUCCCCUUAAAUGGAUCUGUCAUUCUCAGCAUUUAGGGAAAGAGUCAGGUCAGGUAGAAGUCAAUUGAUAAAAUUGUUUUCCUGCCCAAGCACAUUUUAAUGACUAAUUUCUUGAAUAGCAGUAAUUCAGUUGAAGAACUGAUGGCAUACAGAAUUCCUUUCAUAAUCUGUGAUUUUUUUCUCCCAUAGGAAAUUAAGUUUAUUUGACCAGAAACUCUUACGGCCGUUCUGUUAGCGUACAAGAGGAGCAGUGAGAGAGAUUGUUGCUGAUGUUAUUCACAAAGGCAGGGUGUAACUGGGAGAGACCAGUGUCCUCUUUAGGCUUCCCCUGUAGCCAAUGAAGAGAGAAAAAUUCCUCUGGGAGAAAACUGAGAGGCCUUAAAUUUCGAUAUUCAGCUCUGAGCUGCCUCAAGGAGGAGCGUAUGUAUCACAGACCCUGGGAGGCUCAUCUCCUGAGGCCGAGGUUGAUCUGUGUAAAUCCCUUGUCUUUCAGCUGGUUGGCCGCUACUUUAUGCAUAGGAAACACUGCAACAGAAAGAGGGUCUGGUUUUAUCCAAGAAACCCCGAAAUCAUACAGGGUUAAAGCAGCACUUGCACCAAGGGACACAGGCACAGAGCGUGUAAAUGGUAACAGAAUGAAGCCAAAAGGUAAAGGAGUGUACGCUAAAUUUUCUUAUUUCACAGGCAGGAAGUAUAUCAUCAGCUUUUCCAGCACAUGUAUAGAGGCUUUUUGUGCUCCUGUUACCUCUAGACAACUUACACAACCAGCAGUAGUCCACCACUAGGUUUUAAGUAUCCAGUCUGGUUUUUGGCAAGUUUCUUAUUUGUACCAGCACCCUCAGGCUUUGACCCCAAAUACUCUGUAGUGAGGUUGUUGUCUGGUUGGUUUUUCCCCUUCAGAAGUAUUUUAAGGGAAAUAACUCUGUGGGAGGAGGAUGUUCGCAUGAGGAGCUGAUGUCCUCAUUCUCAGGGUAUCCUUCCAUCAGUGGCUGCGGUUCAGACCCACCAAACUUCUGUGCUUGUGCAAAGACCAAGGGUGAUUGCUCCAGGGUAGUUUCCUCAAAAAUCCUGGUGCUCCAGGGUAUUUCCUCAAAAAUCCUGGUAUCCCACCACAGGUCCGUGACAUUUCAUAACCAUGGUGAAAGCCUACAUCAUAUGUAGCGUGCAGAAAUACCAGAUCUUGUCUUGACACAACACAGUAGGACCAUCUUAAUUGAGCAAUUGGUGAAGACAAAUAUAGAGUGUCCCUUUCUUUCGGAAAGACAGAGAUUUAUGCUUUUAAGUGUGAGUAAAAGAUGGGUAAUAUCCAUCGUGCCCAUUACAGCUUACAAGGGAAACUAUGCCACAAAGUGUCAGAUUUCAGUUGUUUCCAGAAGGAUCCAAUGGAUUUGUCAGGAAAUCUCAGCAGCCAGCAUUACAGGAAAAUGUAACGAGCAAGCAGCUUUGAUACAAAACUUUUUAAAUUUUAAAUUGUCGUUAUUUUUUGAGCCCCUCUUUUAUUCAGCACUGUAAAAUUGGCUCAUUGCAACAGCAGUUUAUACUUGGGGAUGAAGAUGCAGUAUUCCUUAUUCUCUAUCAUGCUUACACAAUUAAUUAAAUAGAUUUAGACUGACUUGUAUAUAUGAUUAUUCGCUGGAGUAAUGUAUAACAAAAUUAACAGUGUUAAAAAUGACAUCAGUGAUGUUGAUGUUUGGGGUAAACUCACAGUGCAGAGCAUGGACAAAUAGCUGGACAACCUUUCUCCCCUUUAAUAAUGGGAAUAACAGUGAUGAUAGGUCGUUUUCCAUUAGCCACAUUGAAAAUGUAUUCUAGUCGCCAUUUAUAAAUUUAUCUUCUGAUAAUAAAUGCUGUUUAAUGGAAAAAAUCUCUUUCUUCUUUAUUGAAGGUGGGUACCUCAAAAUCGGAGUAAGUUUCACCAGUAAUAUCCUGCUUAUUUUUGCUUUCAACUUCGAUUUGGAAAAGGUCAGUGUGUGAAACUGCAUCUUCCACAGCAGAUGAGGCUAAAGAUCGUUCAGUAAAUCUGCCCUAUUCCCGCACGCUCAUCCAUAUGCCCGUGCAUAUAAACCCCAACACUUCCUCCACCCAUGUGCGGGUAAUAAACAAGUUUAUCUAAAAAAAAAAAAAAAUCACAAAAGGAAGACCUGGAAAUAAACACUGUAAAAGAAAAUACUACCUUCUUAAGAAGCCAGCUCGUAUUAUUGUACUGUGCCUUUGCCUGUGAUUUGUAACUGGAGAAGCGCACAAAGAAAUUUAAAGAUUGUUAUAUUUUCACGGUUCCGUUCUAGAGUAACAGUUGCUGAGUAAUGUAUGCUUAUGAAGACAAGCCCCUUGGUACCUUAAAAAUGCUGAAAUUCUGAUCAAUUUCCACAGUAAAUCAGGUUUUAGUACACAAACGUAGCUAUAAGGAUACUGCAUCUUUAGAAAUCAAAAUACCUUGAAAGUAUUUUGCUAUAGUUGUAACAGUUUGAAUAUUCUGUAAUAUAUGUGAUAGUGAAAAGUAUUUUCAAACUCACAAUUUCACGUGGGGUGUAAAUAGGUUAAAUGAAGAACAUUUUUAAAAAUCCUUUAGUUUUCAUCAGGAGAAAUGGUAAGAUAAUGCCUUGCAAAGCUUAAACACAAAACGUAAGAAGUAAAUUAUUCUGUUUUGUCAGAGCAUGUUUUCUCUGCAAAAUGGAGUGGCCACUUCUUCGCUGUUUCACAGAUGGUGUGCAAUAUAGAGAAGUCAUACUGAGUCCUUCAAUGUCGAGUAAGUCAACACUCAGAAUGUCUUUGACUGAAUAAAGGAAAAAAACACUUAAUCAAAAUGAGAACCAUAUGAAAGGUUUUGGGGGUUUUGUGUUGUUGGUUGUUUUUUUUUUUUUCCCUUCUGGCAUUUUACAGUGAACUGCAGAUACAGUAACAGCAAACUCAUUUGAUUCUUUUGAAAUGGAUUCUUCUCCUUUGAUUUGAUUCUUUCUUCUUGUAUUUCCCUGACUACAGUGCAUCUUGAAUAAAGGUGGCAGAGCUGAAAUAGGCAGCUGAUUCCAGGUGAGUUUAGUCUUCGAGGUGGAGUAGCAUGUCAACGAAAUCAAUUGUAGCAGGACAGUUGUGACAUUGAAAAUGCACAUACACUUCAGCAAGAUAGCCUAAAAUCUAUUUUAAAAGUUGAAACAGAAACUGAAAGUGCCUGUUAUUAGAACUGAUGGGAUGUUCCUAUACUUUUACACAGCAAUAACUUACGGGAUUCUGUUAACGAUAAGGUGAAAAUGAAAUUUUACUCGGAGAACAAUAAUGCAGCACAGAAACAAACACAAAGUGCCAUUUGUAUUUUCACACGUUGAGAUAUUGUGUUGGAGAUUUUAGUUGUUUUCUCAGAUAACAUCUGUCAUGUACUUGUAAGAAGAAAAUGAAUCUUAGUUUACAAAUGCCUCGUAUCCAUAUCGAUUCUCAGUAGGUGUGAAUGGAGGUCAUUGUCAAGCAGUGUUUUAGGGGGUUUCUUCCUGAUUUAUGUCUGAUGUGCCCAUCUAUCCAGGGUAUUCUCUAGUGAAAUAAUCCAAAAACCAGCAAUAAGCCCAACAGAGCUUUUUUAGCUUAUAUGGUAGAACAGGGAUUCUCUCGAAAAAUCCUCUGCAUCGAACUCUGGAAACACAGGAGUUCACCUUCUGUCUCCUUUCUAUUUGUCAUCGAAUGCUCGUAAUAUUUAAUAAUCAUCUUAGAACGGGUUGACUUCAGGAGUGGACAAAAUAUAUCACUUUUCUUUCUUUUGGGGACAAAUGAGUGAAAAAUUGGGGACUGUCAGUCUAGAGACUAUUUGAAUAGCAAACAAGAAGUCGAUAUUCCUAAAAUGGAGUGAGGAGAUUUUUAUAUUGAAUGGCCUAAACAUUUGCAUCAAAAGACUAAUUGAUCUUAAAAGAAAAAGGCCAGCUGUGAUUCUUCCACUCUUUUUUUUUUUUUUUGUCUUUUUUUUUUUUUUUUAAUCCGGUAGGUUUCUGUAAAAAAAUAAAAAAAUUAACUGCUGCUAAUGGAUUCUUAAAAUAGCAGUGUAAUGCCGUCCCUCAUGCUUUUUCUGUUUCUAAAAAUGAAUUUAUUGGAGAUGAAAAUGUAACUGGUUGUCCUAAUACCUUUGCCAAGGAAGAUGGCUUUCCAUCCUCUAAAUUUCUACCUGUCGUUUAUCCAGGCAGUAUUUUGUAGUUGAAAAAUUCCAGAUUUCGCCUAGACUUUUGCUGACACCGGUGGGUUGCUGCUGGAGUGGGAGGAUGGGUGUUCGUUUCUUAUUCCCUGAGGCAGGGUGGGGUGUGCACGAAGAUGCUCAUAUACAGAAGAAAGUGCAGGUGCGGAAAAAAAAAAAAAGCACAUGGACUCGCAUGUAAAAACUAGACGUUUAUGACGCGCAUGCACGUUGGUUAAUCGUGUGACUGGACCACUAGUUUAGUAACAACUUAUUUUUAAAUGUUAGCCCAUCAGAACAUGCGUGUACUUAUUCUGUCAUCCUGAGCUUAAUCUCUGGGUAUUAAGCGCAUAAAAGAAGACAAUUCAUGCUGGGGAUUUUAGGAGGGCACCAGGGGAUGUAUCAUCAGAAGGACAAAGGAAAUGCGAGUUUCUCACCUCGUACCUGAGCUGUGGUUGUAGGGGAAGGUUUGGUUCUUUGUUCCGAAGCAGCAACAAGGAGGAACCCUGAGAGACUUGCAGUGGUGGGAGGUUUGGCUGACGCCAGCCCUGCGUGUGUCAGUUCUGGCGUAGGAAAGGUCACCUUGUCUUCACCAUCCCAAAAUGAGCCAUUUUCAAUCUAAAAAGCAAAUACAGAAUUGGGUUUUUCCUCAAUUUUAUUGAUUUGCCAGCAUACCUCUAUAGCAGCUUGUGCUUACUGACUUUAAAUUAUGAAAUAAUCUGAGUUGCCCUGCAGUAAUUUUUAAAUUAUUCAGUACACAGUUGUUCAGUCCUCCAGACAAGCAAAACGGGGCAUGUGAAUUUUAGCUAUUAUGAAAAUAAGAACAGAAAAGAACUUGUGAGGUCCUGUUGUCCGUAUGUGUGACCAGCAACGUCUUCCCCAGUUCAGUCUCAAAAGUUUCAGUGAGCAAAGAUGCUGCCAGUUAUGAAAGAGGAAGUAAAUGGUGGUUCACACAUUGACUCGCUAAACCUUGCUCCAUGCUGGGACCUCCACACUUAAUAGUUCAGUGUUUGGUAGGGGACCACAGGUGAUGGCUUUGAUGCAUCGUCAUAAGCAUGAACCAUGAAAUACAGAAAUAGGUUCAGAUACUGCUUUUCGCCCCGUCCUUGCCUUUCUAGGUGUAAAAGAGCUUCUUUGGAAAGACAGUUUGGUCCGUAAUAUUCACAGC